AACCCUAAAUCAUCUCUUUCGUGAAUCGCAUUUCCAGUUCCCGCCUCUCGUCUCUCACUUCUCAGUGUUCUCACUCCUCUACACAGCAGUCUGCUCUUUCCUCUCGCUCUCUCCGUCUCUCGUGCCGUCGUGCGCACUGCGCUCAGUGGCUCACUCUCUCCGUCUCUCGUGCCCGUGAGUCGUGACUGACUCUGCUCUCGUCUCUCACGCUCUCGUCUCUCGCUCUCAGUCUCAACUCUCCCGUCUCUCACUCUCAACUCUCCCGCCUCUCACUCUCUCGUCUUUCAACUCUUUCGUCUCUCACUCUCAACUCUCCCGUGUCUCACUCUCUCGUCGCUCUCAAUCUCUCCUCUCAACUCUCGGCCCCUGUCUCAGUCUCUCUGCCGAUCUGCCCCCACGUUAUUAACGGGUUCUGAAAAAGUGGUUUUAAUGUGACUGUUGGUCGUGAGCUUCAAAAACAGCAAUUGGGUCCUUAGUAAGCUGUCUCUCAUGACCUGAGAUAAACGAUACGAGUGACAAAAAAAGGUUUCAAGAAUGGCAAAAUUCUAUGACAUGGAUGAUAUUAUUACGGAUGAAGAGGUUGUCUCGGUUGUGUUUGAAAAGGCAGCAUGUGGAGUGGGAAUCGAUCCAAGUUCCGAAACUGACAGUGUUGAAGUGGGUUCAAAGGUAGAGCUGCCUUUUUGGCUUGCACACGAGUUGCAACUGAGACAAGCAGUAUCAAUGAAUGUUCCCACUUGUUUCAAUCAAAAAACGAGGUUGGAAAUACAGGCUGAUUCUGCAUGUGUGGAUCUGAGAUCUCGAUGCCCAUUCUUCUAUGAAUUUGGAUGCAAGAUAGCACCACUCGUGGGUGUUAGAACCAUUGGACCUUUGCUCUUAUCUGCGUUUAAGAGCAGGUACAAGGAAGUCCUCACCAAGGCACACACUGCAGCAUUUCCAGCAGCUUCCAAGCAUCUAACAAUUUUGACAAAAGAAGAAACUAAUUUGUAUGAGGCUGCUCAAUCCUCGAUGACAGCCUUUAAGAGGUGGCGAAUGGGUGGCCCCAGAUUUCAGAGAGCUUCCGUUCUUGGUAGGAAGAGAAAAUCAACUGAUUAGUUACCAUAUCUUUCUUUAUGAUUAAUCUCUAUCACAAUGGGGGGCCUUGUCCGUGAGUAUUUGAGAUCUGUGCCCAGAGUUUGUAUACAUGAAUGAAAUAUAAUGUAAGAUGCUAAUUUAAAACACUUUAGAGAGCUGUUUUUCAUUGAUUAACCGAAGGUCCUGAAGUAGCGCUCGAACAAUAUGAUGUGGUUGCAAUAAAGCGUUGGAACAAUAUUUGAUCUCCA